GGAAAAAAGAGUCUUGAAGCGUAUAAAUGCAAGCAGAGUUGACUCCCUAGAUACUCUCAGCUCUCACACAAUGACUUAUCAACGACUUGCUGGGUUACUGUUGAUGCUAGCAGCCACCGAGGCGGCGUUGAUUAUCGAAGUAAACCCAAAGAUGGUGGUGCCUGGUCUAACAAAAAACCUUGUAGUGAACUGUACACUGACUGACCACACAGAAUCCUCUAACGUAGAGUCUCUAGUGCUGUAUCGCCUGAAUAGCUACAAAGAAGGAUUCGAUGAACUUCUGGAAAGAAAUCUGAACGAGGUCAAAGAUCAUGAGGUCAAUGAAACCUUCAAUAUCAACGAUUCGGUCGUGGACUUUGGCUCCUAUUUCGUGAGUUUCACAGUGACAGACCCUACAACUGAAGACGUGACAGUUUAUAAAUGUGUUGCUCUUGGCAACGGUGACGUCAUCUGGACAACUGAAGAGACGGUCAUGAUAGAAGAAAACCCCCAGAAUAACUUGCCACUUCCAGAAAUGCAGUUUCAAGCUUUGACAGAUCAAUUCAAAGAAAACACAGAAAGUUUCAGUUUAGAGUGUUCUAUUAAUGGAAAAGACUAUGGCACAUGGACUUACCUCACAUCUUUAACUCUGUUUUACUCAGCCACGACGGACGCACCCAUUUUCAAAGAACUUGUCAUCGCUAAAACUCGUGAUGGAGAAUUAGACUUAGACAAUAAAGAUUUAACAUCCUUUGUUACCUUCACCAACAACACCAAUAAUUUGCGUCUGAGCAUCAGCUGGACAUUGCCAGAACCUAGAAACGCUGGACUUUACAAAUGUGAAGUGUUGGGGAUGAAUGUACUCAAUCAAUCUGUAACUUUUUCGAAAACUGUCUAUGUAGCUUCCAGUGAUGACGAUAGCAUCGCCUUGAACAACAUCGGCAAGAAAACAGAAAUCCAAACUGGCAACAUCGACAAGGAAACAGAAAUCCAAACUGGCAACAUCGACAAGGAAACAGAAAUCCAAACUGGCAACAUCGACAAGGAAACGGAAAUCCAAACUGGCAACAACUUUCUGGCUGAGAUAAAAAAGCAGAAAAGGAUUCAAACAUAUUUUUAUGGUAGAAAUCUUCUAGCUUUGUUCAAUAUUUUGGACCAGCUCGCAUUAGAAAUAAAAAGCACAGAAAAUAGGGUCAUCAAAAAUCAGGCCAUAAAUAGCAGGAAAAUAACUGAUUUGUACAAUGAAAUGAAACUCAGUUUACUUCAUCUUAAGGUGGACGUUUACAAGCAGUCAUUAAGAAUCCACAAUAAUGUCACACACUUUGGCGAAAUGUUGGAAAGGGCUAAAGAUUUCUCUAAAACACAGUUUUUAAAUCUAACAGAUCAGGUACACAAUUUAUCUGAAGAAUAUAUUGGUCUAUUAAAUAAACACAAGAUCUAUACGGAAGACGCACUUUUGAACGCAAUUCGUAGAAAUCAGAUUCUGAAUGAUAAUAAGUUUGAAAAUCUCCAAAAACAAUGCUCAGAGAGCUCUAAGGCUUUACAAGAGUUGUCAAAAGAAUUAAAAGAAACUCAGAAACUUAAUGAUGCCAGGUAUAAAGAUUUACUAACUAACUGUUCUUCCGAAGCUACUACAACACGAGAUUUAGAAAAGCAAACACAAAAUGACAAUCUUAUUUUACAGACAACAACUCCCGAUGACAAAAUCAGAAGUCGAAAGUUUUAUGCUUCCAAAAAAUUCAAUGACCGAAUAUAUUUGCUCUCACUCAGCGAAAAGCUCUUUACAACUAUCGAGGACGCUCAACAAGUCUGUAUGUCUUACGGAGGCUAUUUAGCAGAGAUUGACACAGACGAGGAAUUUCAGUUCAUUAUGAGAGAGUUACUAAUCCCACAGUCAACUUUUUUUGACAUUGCUUUCAUUGGCGCUUCAGAUAAGGGACAUGAAAACACCUGGAUUAACCUUCACAGCAAAACUAAAAUUGCAGUAAAGAAAUGGCGAGAUCAUCAGCCGGACAACUACGAAGGCAAUGAACAUUGCAUGGGCUUCUGGCAAUGGAGGGAAUCAAAUAAUUGGUACUUCAACGACUAUCCUUGCCAGAAUAUGCCUACACACACUGAAAGGUUUAUCUGCGAAAUACCAUACAAGUCAUAGAAAGUACGAAACUGCUUAUAAUCGUUACCACAGUACCAUCCUCUCUCAUUUUGAAAGAAACAUGACUUUGACCAACAAGUCCAAGCUAAGGGCCUUUGCAUAUGUUUUCAUACAUGUUAAAAAGUAAUUACAUUAGCUCUACAUUUUCAUGUGAGCAUAGUUGUAACAGCACAAUAAAUAGGCCUACAUUAAAUACAGA